AUGAAUUUCUCUACCUUGAUCACCCUCCUACUGCCCCUUGGUGGCGUGCAAGCUGUUGAGCUGCUCUCCACUGCCCACUGGGACAUUGGCACGGACAUACAGGGUCCGCAACGAUUGAACGGCGUCAGCUAUCAGGAGGACGUGCUGAUCACGUAUGGCAACCAUCAAUAUGUCACUUUCUACGACACGGCUCCGGCCGGGUACUCCCACCACUACGUCAACGUCGGGCGACGACAGGUGUCGCCCUCGUUGGGAGAAUGGGAGUUUCUCACCCUGACGGACUAUGUGCAGACGACCAUGGAUGGCCACAACAUGAUCUCAAUGGGCAUUUCUGGCGACGGCCGAAUCCAUCUCAGCUUUGACCAUCAUGACGUCCCACUCAACUACAGGGUGUCGACAGCCGGCAUCGCGGAGCAGAUCCCGCAAGAAUGGACGGCGGACCUCUUCGGCCCUGUGAUCCACGAGCUCCCUGGUUCAAAAGGGCCUUGGGAUCCACUGACGUAUCCUCGCUUCCAAAAUCUUGAUGGAGGUGACAUUCUUCUUGAGCUCAGAAUCGGAGGCUCUGGCGAUGGCGACAGCUACAUUCACCGCUACUCCGUCGAGUCGGGCGACUGGACCCCCUACGGCAUAUAUAUCCAGGGCAACAACAACAAUGCCUACAUAAACGGUCUGGGCACCCACGACGGCAAGCUAUACACCUCCUGGACAGUGCGGGAGACGCCCGACGCAAACACGAACCACGACCUCUUCUUCGCCUACUCCGAGGACGCCGGCCAGACUUGGCUCAACAGCCAGGGAGAACAGCUCACCAAGCCGAUCCUGGCCGACUCGCCCGAGGUCAUGGUUUGGGAGAUUCCCCAGAACAGCGCCAUGGUCAACCAAGAGGGUCAGCUUGUCGAUGCGCAGGGCCGCUUCCACAUGCUCAUGAGGGGCAACACCUCGGGACAACAGUUCUACGAGCACUAUCUUCGCGACACGGAGGGCCAGUGGACGGUCAAUUUGAUCAGUCCCGGUGACAUCUCGGGUCCUGAUCUAUACGCACCACGGGGGAAACUCGCGGCCGACAGAGCAGGCAACACGCUGAUUGCGCUGCUGCCAGACGAGCCCCAAUUGGAGACACGAAUCUACACGGCGAGCGCCACGGACGGUUUUCAGUCCUGGGAUCUGCUGGCUGUCAUUCCCAACGCAUCCACAGAGCCAUUGUACGAUCAGAAGAGAUUGCAAAAAGAUAACAUUUUGAGUGUCUUUGUCCGACAGGGCGGGCCAUAUCCAGAUCGAAAACUCCAGGUCUGGGACUUUCAACUCGCGUUCUGA